UAGAGAAGAAUAUAUAUAUAUUAAACGGCGCGGUAAAAUUAUACUUUUACUUCUUAUGUCUUUUUUGAGAUUUUAUGAGUUCAUGUUAUACCGUGAAAAUUUUUCGCAUUUUUUAAAAAACACGAAUUCAAGAAUGUUUUGGAUCGUUCAAUCCAUGCGCGAUGGCCAAAUGUCAAAUUUGCAUUGUAUUCUCAGUAUAUCUGUAUAUCUACGAUAUUUAUAUCUCAACGCGAUGAGAAGUAAUAUAUUUUCAACAAAGAUGGCGCUGAUUUGCAUUAUGUCAGAUUUUUAAAAUUGAUUCGAACCCUAUCGAAUCCUUUAUUUAUAUUUUUAUUUUCGAGGCCGUUACGCGGGAAUCGAAUCCGCGCCCGUUGUCCACUUUGGAGCUACUUUUGUCGCCUAUCGUAUGUUCGCGCGGCUCGCGAACGUAGGCGGAGAUGUGCGCGGAAAGUCACGUGUAAUAUCGCGUAGGGUUCGGACAUAACCUAGUCUCGUUGAAUCUCGAACUCGAACAGAUUUCGUCAGCAUUGAGAAGUUUUCUUCCGUAAGAUAUUACGAAUUUGCCGUAAGAAGCGAGGAAAUUUACUGUUUAUCAAACGUUAACUGUGGUGUGGAAAGAAAAUCAUCAUUCGAAAAGUUACUAAUCUCGCACGAUCGUAAAAAGAGAAGCAUCUUUGUAGAGAUUGUUCAUCUUAAACUCUUCCACAUCGCUUCUGCAUCCGCGACCAAGUCGCUUGGCACGUUCGAUUGAAUGCGGUAAAAAUUAACGCCUGGCUAAAAUGCCGAAGAUUAGGAUCAAGCAGACGCCGAACAGUCUUUGGUUAAGACAACGCGAACUGGGUGUAAAAUUUCCACUUGGUCAUAGUGACAACUUUCACAAGACUCUUUAUUCCUCGAUACAACCCAUCACUUCGUGGGAUCACGGGGACAAUCUGACCGCUGCGAGACAUGGUGGUGUGUUUAAUUUGGAAUAUUCGCCAGACGGGUCUCUCUUAUUGGCAGCAUGCGAAAAGAAAAGUAUUUUAAUGUUUGAUCCAUUAUGUAGGAAAUUGAUACAUGCGAUAGACAAUGCUCAUAAUGACUGUGUCAAUUGCGUAAGAUUCCUGGAUCAACGUAUGUUUGCAACUUGCUCCGAUGAUAGCACAGUUGCUUUAUGGGAUGCCAGAAACUUAAAGCAAAGGAUAAGAACUCUUCAAGGACAUUCCAAUUGGGUCAAAAAUAUAGAAUAUAGUCCAAACGAUAGCCUAUUAUUGACCAGUGGAUUUGACGGUAGCAUAUAUACUUGGGAUAUUAAUAGUUUUACAGAGAACAGUUUUGUCUUCACUCGCGUAUUUCAUACAAAUGGGCUAAUGCGAACCAGACUUACUCCUGAUACUAGCAAAAUGUUAAUAUGCACUACUUCAGGAUAUCUCAUUAUAAUACACAAUCUUAAACUCAGUACACUGAGUCAGGAUUUGGCUGGAUUCAAGCCAAAUAUGUACAGAUUAAUGCAGUUAUCGCAAACUACUAUACCGGUCGCAGCUAGUUACACGCACCUUUUUUCUCACAACCGUUCCCACAAUAGAGUUGAGUUUCUAACCGAUUUUCCUGUAGGCGACGAUGCCGAAGUAAUAUCCAGUUUACAAGUUCAUCCGCAAGGAUGGUGCGCUUUGUCUAGAAACGUUAGCAGCGGAGAAAAAUCUGAGUGGACUUGCAUUCAUGAUAUACAAGAACGCGAAGCAUCCAGCAGUGGAGAGCAUGUUAAUGAGGGAGAAGAGGGUCGUUUGACGAGCUUAAACGUGGAUGAGUUCGUGGACUUUCCACAGUCGCAACCAUCGCGUUCGGGAAUCAGGUCUUCCUAUAUAGUACAUAACAUGGCGUCGGAUAUGAGAUCGAACUCGUUUGAUCCACCUAUCCGCGUGUCCACGGACGCCGCGCCCUCGGUCAGAUCGUCGUCGAGGACUGGUUGGCAGGUGACGACGACACGCAGAAACUUACAUCAUCAGUCGAGGAAUCCUCGUCCGGAUAGAAAUACGAGAACGAAUUUCGACAUGGUCGAGGUUAGUACGAGCUCCGCCGCCGAUGCGAGAGUAAAUGCGACGAUUCAUCACGACGACAGAUCGACGGAGGAUCGGCAUGACGUGGACGACAAUAAUGACAAUUCGGCGUCAGCUGACGAAGCGGAUCGAGAGAGUACGCGAGAAUAUAGAUCUCCAAGACCGCACUCUCAACUCAAUGACUUGCGGCGACGUAACGCGAUCGACAAUUUUUCCACUGGUAACGUAGAACUACACGUUAGCACGGGUGACGUGUGGGAAGCACUCGUAGCGAUCAGGGAGGCGAGAUUACGUAGAGAACGCGAGAGAGAAUUUUACCCCGGGGCCGAGAGGAGAGAUUGGCUUCCUAGAUCGAACAACGGUGUGAGCGUGAAUAUUCCUCGUUCGUCCCAUACAGUCGUGAUAAUCGGUGAUCGGGCUCGGGUGCAGAAUUUACAAAAUCGACAGAAUCUACAAACCAUGUACAUGAUACCGAGGAACCACAAGAUCCAUCAGAAUACGCCCAGAUUGACGCAUUACAUCGAGGAGCCGAAUGUCGGUUCCGGAUAUAUUAAAGAACUGUGUUUCUCGGCGGACGGUAGAUUAAUAUGCUCGCCCUUCGGAUACGGUAUACGUUUAUUGGCAUUCUCAAGCGACUGUGCCGAGUUGUCUAAUUGUGUCCCGCCUGCUAACGAGUCCGUACAGCUUCAUGAAUUAGCUACACACACUGGUCAUUCCGAUAUUGUGGUUAGCACGAAAUUCUCACCUAAGCACUAUUUACUAGUGUCCGGCUGUCUAAGCGGUAAAAUUGUCUGGCAUCAGCCAGUAGUUUAGCUAAAUUGAUAAUUAAUCUUUAUAGACUCUUUGUUAUUUCUAUUAUAAUCGUGGUCUCUUGGUAGAGAGGUAUACUUUCAGCUUUGUAAAAGAUCAAUCUAUGAGAAAUUUUUUUUGUUAAUUAUAUAUAAUUAUAUAGUUAUAUAUAUAAUUAUAUAUUGUUAUAUAUAUAACUAUAUUAUAUAAUUCUAUAGUUAUAUAUAUAGUUAUAUAUUGUUACAUAUAAUUAUAUUAUUUUUAUAUAUAUACUUGUAUGCCUUUUUUAAGUGAAUAUUAUUUAAUAUAUAUAUAUUACUCCCAUACAAUUAUUUUUGUAAUGAUGUAGGUGUAAUAGGAUGUUCCACAUUUUCUAUUACUUGUAAUUGUACUUUGUACUUUAAUCUAAAAAAAUAUCAAGUUUUGCAAAAUAAUUAUUUUAGGUUUGGAAAAAGGAAAAAAAAAUGUUAAAAAAUCACCAUAUUUCUCAGUUGCUCAUUUAUGUACUAACACAUUUGUGACAGCGUGAUUUGUAUACAUAUAUGAUAUAAUAUAUUGGACAAACAAUUAUAACAUUUAUUGCUUCAACGCUAUCUAACAAUUGUGUCAGAUAGUACAAUGACAAUCGACGAAAAUACGUAACGCGCCAUUAGAAAAUUGUGUGUUAAUAAUAUAAUUAAUUUCUUGAUUUUAUUUUCUUGCGUUAAGUAAACUUUUUUAUGAUUUAUUUUUGCUCAAACAAUCAACCGAGAAAAAAAAUAUUUAUUUUUAGUUACAACAAUCAGUUUUUCAUUACGAUACAUUUUUGAAAAUGCGAGUAGAGUAUGUUUCCUAAUCAUUACAAUUGGAUCUAGGAGUAACUUUCAGUUAUAAUGAUUGUAUCUUUUCAUGUGAAAUAUUUUGGAAAAUGCAAUAGUUUUUUUUCCCAUUGCUGUUAAAAUAUAAAAAUUGAUUAAAUAUAAAAGCAGUUUAUAACAACUAUAUUAUUUCUCGUACAAAAUGCGCUGGAGUAUAUUUUCUCUAGUCAUUAUUAAAAAUGAAUUGAGAAAGGAAAAUUUUUUCAAUUUGCAACAUUUUAAGUAUAAUUUUGUAUGAAAAAUGCGCGCAAAUGUUUAUCAUGAUACAUAAUAUAAAGUAUAAAAUAUUGGAAUUGAAAUAUUUUUGUCUUCAUUGCGUAUGAUGCAUCAAGUAUAUUAUUGAUACAUUUAUAAAUUAUGUGAAGAAUUAGUUUAUUAUGUAUAUAUCGACUACAAUAGUAUAAGAAAUGAUUAUAUCAAAAGAGACAAGUCUAUUAUUUAACAGAAACAAUAUUACCAAGGAAACUAGACUUUUUGAUAUAAUGAUUUCUAUCUUUUUUUUUUUUUUAAUUGAUAUCAUUUGAAAUCCUCAAAUACAUGUUUUUUCAUGUUUAUGUGUAUUCUACGUAAAAAAUGUAUCUAAUCUUUCAUCGGUGAAUCGCAUAAAGACUAUCAUUUUUCUAGUAUAACGCUGUCACAUUAUUCUAAUCUAAAAUUACAUUUGUAUUCCCAUAAUUAGGAAUCAUUGUUUUUUUUAUUAAUCAAGUAUAUUAAUAUGGUAGAAACAAGCAAAAUAAAUAUUCGAUUAAAUAUUCACAUAUUAUCAAAAUUCACCGUGAAUAAUUGAUUUCAAUUUCAUUAAAAACGCAAAUUUGUUAUAAACGCUGUAAAUUUUAAUCAUAUAAAAUAUUAAUUCCAUGACUUUUGUUGAAUUGUUUAUUAUAACAUCUAUUAUCUAGCGCGCUUAUAUUUCUUAUUCUCUAUUGUAUAUGUAUAUUAUGUUAUAUGAUAUUAAUGGAAAGCAGUUUAGUUUGAUUAUAUAUAAAUUGUCUAUCCUUUGCGCAUUGAAUGUUUAAAUGUGUCAAAAAUUUUUUUGAUCCUUGUUUUUAUUUGAAUCGGAAUUAUGAUAAAAUUAUCUAUUGCUAAAAUUUAUAUGUCGUAUCUCUAAUAAAUUUAUUGCUAGUAGAAAAUGCGGAACAUCCUUUUCUUUGCAUAUU